AUGACAGUGGUAAAUGUGUCAUCGCCGAAUCGACCAUCGCCUUUACCAGUCAAUCAAAGAGGAUAUCAUUUCAAUGAGCCAACUUAUGCACCUUUGCCUAUUCGAACACCCCAAAAGACCACAAUUUUUGGUGUGGAAACAUCGCCAAAUAGGCCGCCACCACCAUCUACGCCAAUUACAACAAUUGUCGCUCGCCCGAAAUUAUCACCACCGAAAGAAGGUGUUAGUUAUGAUGAGUUUCGAAAUGCUCUUCAAUGUGUUGUUGAUAAAAAUGAUCCACGAAAUGAUUUGCAAGAUUUAAAAUCAUUGGCGAAGGUUCGACUGCAAUUGUUGAAGCAGCUUUUGAAAGAUCUACAAAUCAAAUAGUAGCUUUGAAACGAAUGCAUCUUCGAAAACAACAUCGACGCGAGCUGUUGUUCAAUGAAGUUUCGAUAGAAUAUCAACAUCCGAAUAUUGUCAAAUAUUUCUCUUCGCAUCUCGUUGAUGAAGAAUUAUGGGUUGUGAUGGGAUACAUGGAAGCUGGAAGUUUAACCGAUAUUGUGACAACUACACCAAUAACUGAAUCACAAAUCGCAACAAUUGGUCGACAAGUUUUAGCAGCGCUUGAUUUUCUGCAUGCAAGACGAGUUAUUCAUCGCGACAUUAAAAGUGAUUCAAUUUUUCUGAAACGCAAAGUAUCGAAGUAA